GCGGCAGGCCCACCUUCCGUCCGCGAAAGCGAGCGAUGAGGUCUUGAUUCAUCUCGAGUCAUAACUAUUUCUCUCGCCUUGUCUAUCGACCCUAUCGCCGUACCCGUUGGUCCUCCUUUUGAGUACAGCUAUUGCGAAGGAUCAGCGCUUGGACCGCAUACUGAACUUAACCGAAAGCCGUUGUCGUGUGCGCGUGACUUGCGUUUCGCUUCUCCUCUUCCAUCAUGAGCCAUCCCAUACCUCAUAAUGAUGACAGCGACGAUAUAAUGCUCAGACCGAGGCCUAAGGAUCGAACAUUCGAGCUGGCUUCGCCGCCGUCAACAGCACCAUCAAGCCCUCCGCCGGAGAAACAGUCGUUCUCCAACCUGCAAACACCUGGCGGCAUGGCAGAUGGCAGUACGACACCCGCGCGAACGCGGAGUAUACUGAACCUCACAAGCUCGACACUCUUCGGCAUCUAUCAACCGACCGGCUAUGCUAUGGACAGAGAAGAGCCAAGCACUCCCUGGGGUACCGGCGCAGAAACACCGGUCGAAGGCCGAGAUGGAUCCUUCGACUUGGCGAGGUCGAGUCUGGCUUCAUUGAACAACCAGAAAGGACCAGAUGGCAACUUCACGAGACGAAGAAGUACAAUGACGCCGGUGCAUCAUGCCCCGAGGAGAGGCUUUCGAGGCCUGGUACUGCCAGCAGCGGUCCGAAUGUUGGCUAUGGCGUCCGUCGGUGUAAUGUACGGCCUAUUGAUCAGCCAUCUGCACGAUCGACAAGGCAUUGCGCCCGUAAAGCUCGAAGGCGUCAAUCGGCAGAGUUGGACGUACCUGUCUCUGUGGGCCUGCCUUGGUGUGACGCUGAGCGAGGCGCUACCACGACUCGACAAGCUGUGGACGCCACACGAGGACGAGGAUCUCGAAGAGAAGGAACGGCCUCAGCGACGCGGGCAUGGCUCGGGUGACUGGUUCGAUGUCGUCCGCGCAAUCGGCAUCUUCGUCGGCAUCGCCUUUGCUAUCCGUCGGUUACCGUGGCAGUCAACGAUGCAGCUUGCGCUCACGCUUGCGAUAGCCAAUCCAGCAUUGUGGUACUUGAUCGAUCGCACGCCUGCUGGGUUCACACUGUCGACAUUGGUCUCAGUAAGCGGCACUGCGAUUAUACUCAGCGUCAACCCAGCACUCGUACCUUCUCCGUCAGCCGCACAAGUGCUGCAGAGUCAGACGAACAAGCAGGCCAAUGGUGCGAACGCAGUCUUGGGGCAGGGUUUAGUGUUGGGAUUGUUCAGCCAAGAGUCGGUCAGCGUUGCAACGUGGAUCGCAAGCGUCUUGUUUGUAAGCUCGGUGUGUUUUGGCAAUAUCGGCAGAAGGCUCGUACCACGGGAUAGGUAAGACUGAUAGCUCGCGUACGCAUUCUCCAUCACCAUCCAUGUACAUCGGCCUAUGAAUGUCAACAACGAAGUCGCUGG